UUCAAGAUGGCGGUUGGAUUUGCCGUUCUCUUGUUUCUUGGAAUUUCUUCCCUUUUUGUCAUACUAACUUUACUAUUCUGCGCCCUUGUUCUACUUCAUGAUCUACGGAAGAAGUACAAGCAUAUCCCAGGCCCAAUAUUAGACAAUUUUAUCUGGGGAAAUUCCACAAUUUUUCAAGUUCAAAAAUCCCAUAUCUUUGUAUUUGAAGACCUGUUUAAAAAGCAUGGCCCAGUGGUUGUAACUUGGCGAUUCCAUAAACCGUUAGUUUCUGUGCAAGACCAAGAUGUCAUCCAGGAUGUCUUUGAGCUWUCAAACUUCAAGGACACAAUUUCAAAUGACGGUUUUAGGGAUUUGUUUGAGCAGAGGUUUCUUUCAAAGGGAGCAMUGUACAUUUAUGGAGCAAACUUAGUCUUCAAUGAAGCUUGUGUAAAAAGRCACUUAAAGAACUUGAAUGGCUGUUGUGAGACRUUUAUUAAAAUGCUWCAAAGUAUGGCAGAUGGGGAWUCACAGGUSAAUAUGCUGGAGCAGUUUGACAAGCURGCAGUGGACACUAUAGGAAAGGUUGCAUUUGGCCUCAACCUCAAUUGCACCCAAGAUCCYGAUACACCAUUCUAUAAAGCAUUGCAAGAAUGCCAGAAAGCAAUAUCAUGGAGUAUUGCACACCCWUUCCAUCGAUGGGAUGUUACAAGUUAUGACUACCAAAAUGACCUUAUUGAGGCCGUGAAAUUCCUGAGAGAUUUUGGCAAGAAAGUGGUUGACAGAAGGAGGGCUGCAAUGCGUAACAAUGAGGUUAUCGAAGAAGAUUACUUGACAUGGAUAUUGGCCACUGCUGAUAGAGAUGACUCAAUCACCCUGGGAGACAUUUUAGAUGAGUUUCUCUGUGUGUUUGUUUCCGGUCAGGGACAACUAAAUAGUCUUCUGUCGUACAUGCUCCUUGAGCUCUUACAACAUCCAGAAAUUGAAGAAAAGGUCUACGAAGAAAUCAUCAACAUUGUGACAAACGCUCCAGUCGUAUUUGAACACUUCAACCAACUGAAAUUCACCUCAUGUGUAAUCAAAGAAACACUUCGUUUGCACCCCCCUGUUUCAACAGUGUAUACAAAGACAACGAGGCGUGGAAGAAUUGCAGGAUACCUGAUCCAGGACAGAACCAAAAUCCAAAUGAUACCGUAUGUUAYACAGAGGAGCCCCAGAAGAUGGCAAAAUCCCAAUGAGUUCAUCCCCAAGAGGUUCUUGGGUGCUGAGGAUGUCAGGCUGACCACGCUGUUCCCAUUUGCAUUUAGAAAGCACAAUUAUCUAAAUGACACUUUUUUGGAAUGUUUUGUCAAAGUUGUCUUUCCUGGCUUGCUACAGAAGGUCAAGUUUGUUCUUAAAAAGGACCAAGAUGUUGGCCCUUCAUGUGAUUUAUUCUCAGCACCAAGAGAUGGUGUUGUCUGCACUUUGUCUGCUUUUUAAAUGGUACAUAUGUACCAUUAAAAUUACACAAAAAACUAAACAAGACUUUUAGAAUAUGAUUGACUUUAAAAUAAAAGUAACUAUAAGCAUGCCAUGUUGCCAGGGUUGCAACUGAAAUAAAACUUUUAAGUUAAAA